CCCCUCACUUCCGGCUCCACUGCUCGCGGUGUUGGAGCUGUAGGCCUGGUGGAGGUGCCGCCGGUCCGAGUGUCCUCGGCGGUUGGUCAGUGUGAGGCUGUGACAGCUCUGUUGUUCCCCGCCCCCGAGGAGCCGAGGUGCGUGGGAGAAGGGGAGGAAGGAAAAGGCCCGGGUCGUGUUUCCGCUCACUUCUUGCCAGGGCUGAGGCGACUCCGGAGAGCAGAGGCAGGGAUAAUCCUCGACGUGAGAGCUGCCGGCUUCCCUGCAGACAGGUAUGUCUGACUGCAGCAAUGAUACUACAACUCUUGGUACAUCUAAGCCAGCCACAGAAGAAGUCAAGUCUAAUUCUGAGGAGUGUACUAUGGCUCAAGAAUCUCCAAAAAAUUCAGCAGCAGAAAUUCCAGUGACUAGUAAUGGAGAAGUUGAUGACUCUCAUGAACAUGGCUUUAAUAGGGAUUUGAAGCGUUCAUUACCAGCUGGACUUGGUCUCUCAGAAACCCAAAUCACAUCUCAUGGCUUUGAAAGUACCAAAGAGGGGGUUAUUGAAGCAGGAGCAUUUCAAGGUUCCCCAGCACCACCACUGCCGUCUGUUAUGUCUCCUAGCAGGGUGGCAGCUAGUCGACUGGCUCAACAAGGAAGUGAUUUAAUGGUUCCUGCAGGUGGCCAGAGAACGCAGACAAAAAGUGGACCAGUUAUUCUAGCAGAUGAAACUAAAAAUCCUGCAAUGGAAAAGUUAGAACUUGUUAGAAAAUGGAGUCUAAAUACCUACAAGUGCACUCGACAAAUUAUCUCUGAGAAGCUGGGCCGUGGAUCAAGAACUGUGGACCUUGAACUUGAAGCUCAGAUUGAUAUAUUAAGAGAUAACAAGAAAAAAUACGAAAAUAUUCUAAAACUGGCUCAGACAUUGUCAACCCAGCUUUUCCAGAUGGUGCAUACCCAAAGGCAACUCGGAGAUGCAUUUGCUGACCUGAGUUUGAAGUCACUAGAACUGCAUGAAGAAUUUGGCUAUAAUGCAGAUACACAGAAACUGCUGGCUAAAAAUGGAGAAACUCUUCUAGGAGCCAUUAAUUUUUUCAUUGCCAGUGUGAACACUUUGGUGAAUAAAACAAUUGAGGAUACAUUAAUGACUGUGAAACAGUAUGAAAGUGCCAGAAUUGAAUAUGAUGCAUAUCGUACUGAUUUGGAAGAACUGAAUCUUGGACCACGUGAUGCAAACACUUUGCCAAAGAUUGAGCAAUCACAGCAUUUGUUCCAAGUACAUAAGGAAAAAUACGAUAAAAUGCGCAACGAUGUUUCUAUCAAGUUGAAAUUUCUAGAAGAAAAUAAGGUUAAAGUGUUACACAAUCAGCUGGUCCUUUUCCACAAUGCCAUUGCCGCUUACUUUGCUGGGAAUCAGAAGCAGCUUGAACAGACACUUAAACAGUUCCAUAUCAAAUUGAAAAAUCCUGGAGUGGACACCCCGUCUUGGCUUGAAGAACAGUAAAAUCGCACCUGGAAAAAAAGAGAAAGUCACAUUGUUAUAUUUCUAAACAAACCUAAUAAGAGUUAAGCAGAGUUGGGGGAAGAGGGAAAGGGUGACAACGAUUGUAGUGAUUCUUGCACAAACAGCUUUAAUUUUUCCCUUUUUUCAUACUUUUAACAAUUGAACUGUUAAAUUUUAUGGGAAGGUGGGUGGUUUUAAUGUAAACAUAAUUUCUAUAAUCUAAACACAAUAAUUUUCCUUUUUGAGAAAUCCUUUUGUAUUGUGAGGGUUGAUGGCUAUUUCUGUAGUUUGAAAACACUUAAUAUAGAUUUGCACUGACAAGAUAAAAAUUCAAGGUUUUGGGUCCUGCAAAUGAGGACCAGUUGUACCUUUUCCGAAGGGAGGUUUACAUGAUUUGUAUCAACAUCAGAUAUUUUAUAUAUGAAGAUAUUAAAUAUCUUUAAGAGAUUCGUUUUCAUGUAUUGUCUUAAAGAAAAAAGAAGCUAUUUUGCAGAGUAAAAUUAUAUGGUGUUCCUGCAGCAUCCACAGAGAGGUGGCAGCUUUAGUGAAUGACUGAUUGGCUUGUGGAGCUGUGGCAGAUGCCUUUUUAGAAAUGAAUCUGUACCAUUAUGAUUUUGUUUGAGACUUUUUCUUAAAGACGCAGGCAUCACACUGUCAUUUCUGUGAGGCUUUUGAACUUACGAAUUUGCGUCACCCAAAGUCAUGGAGCCUUUAUGUUAGCCAUUUCUUUGAUUCAUAAUGAAACCUGCUGAAGAGAAUUUUUUUGACAGGUAGACUUGGGAAUAGAAAUUCUCCGUGGUUUAUAGAGUAGAACUCUGUGCUUGGAAAGCUAGUUUUCGGGUAAGUUCCACUUUGACAGAAGUGAAUUCCUAGACAGCUUUCAUUGACUUCUAUGUGUAACAAUACCGGUUAAGCCUUAAAUCACAGAUAUGUGCCUUCUCAGAUACAGUAAUUCUCAUUCAACCAAUGUACAUAAAUCCAUAAAGAAGCCCCUUUCAAAUAAUGUUUGAUGUGUCUGUUACUUCCUUGCAAAGGAGCACUGUGUAUAAAUGUUGAGUUUCUUUGUGUUUGUUAAGCCACAUUUAAGGUUUAUGGAGAAGUCAACUCUAGAAUUUGCUGUUUGGUUUUUCUUCAUUCCUUUUGCAGAAUGGGAAGACAGAGGACUUCUUUUCAUUUGAUUAAAGGAAAGGUGACGUGGGUCCGUGUGGUGGUAGCCAGAAGAAGGGGGCUGGAAGGGCCAGUGCUGUUUCAGUUGCUCAGUGCCUUUGGUUUUGUGUUACGUGGUCGGCCUGUCUGCUGUGUGGUGUUAUCAGUAAUGUAAUCCUUUUAAAAUAUAAGUUCUCUUGAUUUUUGACAUAGACAUAAAUUAAUAUUUUGAGAGGUAUCUCUUCUCCUGUUCAUUUCUUUUGUGUUGAAGUGAAGUACUUAAAAUUACUGUUAUACAUAAACUUUGUGGACUGUAAGAUUUGUUAUAUAUGUUCAAAUGCCAUUUAGCUGGCUUUUUAAUUAAUAUGCCUGUUUUCAGUGCUUAACACAAUGUAAUGUGACUAUAAAUCAUAAACCUAUUUUAAAUCAUUCCCUCCUGUAUAUUUGUACUCUGAGAGAGCCUUAUUUUAUUCUUCCAGCAGAAUUACUACUUGUGAUAGUUCAUUUACAUUCCCCAGAAUGUGCCUCUGGUGUGAAUUUUGUAUUCUUAUUAAAAGUGUUUGCUUCAGUA